AUGACGCCAAAGUUCACAAGGCUUAUACGGUUCGAGGAUGCGCAAGGAAAGAUCCACUACGGCGAGGCUGGCCCCGACUGGGAGAAGGAUCUUCAUGGCCAGACUGUCCCAACAUACGAUAUCUCGGACCCAUGGGCUUCCGAGUUUCCUUUGACUGGAAAUCAUGUCAAAGUGGCAAAGGUUAUCCUCUGUCCACUGGCGACAACGCCUCUCAUGUACGCCGUCGGACUCAAUUAUAAAUCGCAUGCGGAGGAGGCCGGGCUUCCAAUUCCAGCAUAUCCCGUCAUCUUCACCAAGUUUGGUGAUAUGCUUGCCGACCCGUACCAAGACAUCCACGUCCCACCAGUAGCCAAAUCGGAGAUGGACUACGAGGGGGAGCUCUGCGUCAUCCUGGCCAAGGACGUGAAAGACCUGUCCGAUGACGACGACAUCUCAGACUUCAUCCUGGGCUAUACUGUGGGCAAUGAUGUUUCGGCGCGGUUCUGGGCCUGGCCAAAGCAAUCUGGAACUCAAUGGGGCCUCUCCAAGUCGUUUGAUCACUUUGGGCCGAUUGGGCCGGUCAUCGCAUCGCCUGCAUCGAUUCCGAAUCCACAGAAUUUGCAGUUGAAGACCUCGGUUAAUGGGGAGAUCAGGCAGAACGGCAAUACCGACAACAUGAUCUUCGACAUUGUCACAAUUCUGAAGCAUAUGAGCCGAGGGACCACGCUCAAAAAGGGGAGCGUCAUCAUGACAGGGACUCCGGACGGUGUCGCCGCUUGCGCCAAACCUCAGACCUAUCUGAAAUCUGGCGAUCUAGUCGAAAUUGAAAUUGAGAAAAUUGGAAAGAUCGGGAACAAGAUGGUCUUCUGA